AUGGUUUCCGCCCCUUCAAUCAUAAGAACUCAUAUUAAAGGGGUAGUUCAUCAGAAAUUAGUUAGUGAACAUUAUCAACAGUACAAAGAUCCAGAAACAAUUUUGAAAGAAGAGAGCAUUAAAAAGCCAUGUAUCAAAUUUGCAAAGGGAGAAUGCCAGUUUGGUGGGAUUUGUAGAUAUUCCCAUUAUACAGCUCAGGAAUUACACGAGUUGAGAUUACAAGUGGCUGCCAAUAAAAGAACUGAAAGUGAAGAUUCAAAUGCAAAUUAUGAGGAAUACAAUACAGAAUUUCCAGAUAACAAGUCAAGGAAUUGUAAUGAAAAAAAUACCAUGAUUUAUGAUGAAAAUGGAGUUACUCAUAUAUUUCCUUGGGCAUAUAAUUCAAUGUUUGAUAAUUAUGAGGUGCUUUUCUCAAUUGAAGUUACAAGUCAUCCAAGCUUCAAUUUUCUAAGACUAAGAGAUCAGUUAAAAGAUCUUGCCAUCGCUGAUGCUAAAUAUCAAAAUACUAUUCACAAAUACGACAGUAUCAAGACCCAAAAUGAACUAGAUGAAGGAAACGCUAUAAUAUUUGUUCCAAUAAGAAAUCAUGGUAACAACUACGGUAAACAAAUAGCACGUAUGAAAAAGCAAAAUGAGCUCAAGGCAGAACAAAUGCAAGCAGAACAUGAAGCUAGGAUGAAGGAAGUAAUAUAUUUCAUGAAAGACCAUAUGAUGACCACUAAAUAUUUAUACGAUGAAGUCCAAAGAAUCAAAAGGACAAGGAGAGUGAAAGGUAACUUAAGGAAAAUGGUCGAAUAUUUGGAGAAACCUGAAAGGUAUAAAAUGAAGAAACUAAUGUUGAGAUUCUUUAAGGUGCUUGUGAAACGUUUUGCAAAAAAAUCAAGUGUAUGGGAUCAAGAAAUGCAUGAUACGGCCAUUAAUAUCAUAAAAGAUCCGUUUAACGAUGGGGUUAUCAAU